GCGCAUGCGCGGAAAAUUGAACAUUGGGAAGGGUUUAUACAAUCGCUAUGUUGCUUUUGCUGGAGGGUUGGCUCUCUGCGCUAUAUACCCCUUAGUUGUUCAGAUAACGACCGUGGACAGACUAUUCCUGUCACUUCUUUGUCGCUGUAUCUAAUACUCAGGCAUUCAGCUAAAACAGACAUUUUGUGGUGGCAGCGGGCCACAGGACGUAGGAGCAGAAUUAAGCCAUUCAGCCCAUUUAAGGAGAUCGUGGCUGAUCUGAUAUUAAUUUUCUUUAUGUAUUUUUCAGAAAUUCUUCCUCCCCUCUAUUGCAAAUCUCUUUUUCUGAGGCUAUGCGCCCUGAGAAAAUGAUAGUGGACUGUCUUCUUCAGGAACCGCAGCAGGAAUGGUUUGAUAGAGUCGGCCUGGCAAGUUAUGAGUUAAAUAGAAUUUGCAGCGCAGAAAUCGACCAUUCGGUCCAGCCAGUCUGUGCUGGUUGAUGUAAUAAAUGUCGCUGUAUUUGCUCUUUAAUAACGAAAGAGAUUCGCUGUGGUGUAAAGUACUGAAAAUUCUGAAAGGAUAAGAAAUGGAGUAUUAAUUAGUAUUUCCAAGAAUUAAUUAAGCCCACUGUUUUUCUAAGAUGAUAAGAUGGCAACAUUUGAGCAUAUAAAGACCUGCCUUUCAGCAGAAGUACAUCAUAUGGUCUGCAGUCUUGGACUGACGGUGUUGAAUAGGCCAGAGCUUGAGCGCAUCAUCACUGUAUCUGGAGAGAUUUGCUGGGAGGCUAUUACAUUUUACCUACACACUUCAGAUGCAGAGAAACAUGACCUGGACUACAUAGAAAGUGUGAGAAGUCUGGGACCUGUAUGUAAAACUGUCCAUUUAUAUCUACUGUCACUCAGUACACAGCACUUCAACAAUCAAUAUGGACUGUGGUUUAAAUGGACUAACAACAGAGAGUUGUUUGUUGAAGCAUUUGAAGCCAUCAGGAGUGCACAACCCACCGCUGUAUCCCUCAGCUUGAUGAAGUUAACAGCUUGUCUAGAACGAGCUUUGGGUGAUGGACAUUGCCUAAAGUUCUUACAACCAGAAAAUUCACAUUUUUGUUUAUGUAAUUUCUGUUUUGCUUUUCCACAGUCCACAACACUAUACACAACAUUUGAUGAGAUGCUGGCAAAAUAUCUAGACAACGGUGUUAUAAACCACCUUCCUUCAGCUUUGGGAGAUCCUAUAAUGGAAAUUCUCUGGGACCUGUUAAACCACCAGGAGGGUCCACGGCUCCGGGAUCACCUAAGUCACGGUGAAAUAGACUUGAAGUUGUUUCCAAGAGAAAUGGCUAGUCACGUCGUGGCACUUGCUAUCAUUUUGUUACAUCAUUGUCAUAGAGGGGCAAAUGGAAUUGCUAUGGAAAACGAGUGUCUGAGAACAAUUAUGUGUUCUACGCAUUUAUAUUGCUCUCGGUUCCAUCCAGUUGGACGGCUUAAACAACAGCUUCGACGCUGCCUUGAAAGCCUCCAGAAAUGGGGUGAGAUACCAAGACCCACACUGGAACAAGCAUCGGAUAGACCUGGGUCUGAUUGUUUGAGUCCUGCAGCCCAAACUGUUCACCGAUGCCUGAUGGAAGGACUUGUUUCUGCACUAAUAAACCGAUUGAAGAUGGUUUAUGAUGAAGACCUUAAUCCUUUUCAUUAUUUGUUGGCAGAGGCGCAGCUUCAUCUGGUAGCUAAACUGCUGGCCAACCGCAUCGGCACUUUGUAUUGCUCACGUGUUGUUUUGGAAUUGGUGUCGUUGCUGAGAAAAAUUACCUCGCAAUGCCUGACUGUUUCAGAGCAGAUUAUGCAUGGUGCUGUGUCUCGCCACCAACAGUGGCUGAGCAAAUCUCUGCGCUCACGGCAAAGGCAGAAUUAUCUUCGAAUGCUGGGCAGUGUCCAGUACUUGCACCACAUUUUCAGUCUACUUACUCUACUUGUAGCAGUGGAACUGCUUAAUGCACAGACAAUGGUGGAUGAGACUUCUUCUGAAUAUCACCGCCACUUGAAGUUUCUGAAGUCGGUGUUGCAAUACACGGAAAAUAUGGUCACGUACACAAGCCCAGACAAAAAUAAAUGGAACGAGAGCUGGGAUCUGACAGAGAAAAUGUUAUUGAAAGUUAAAAAUUUUUACAACAAAUGAUAGUACAAGACUGUACAGCUUGAAUACAGUGGGACUAUCUGGUUAUAAUCUAGAAUGACUAUAAUGGGAAAUUAUAUUGCAUAUAUUAAAAAUAGAACAUAUGUGCUCAGAAGAAAUAUGUGGUGAAUUAUAUUUAUUUCCAGGGGCAAAAAUCUAGAGGUAAAAACAGAACAAAUUUAUGGUAUGCUGACAUUGUGGCACUGUAUUGGAAAAGGCCCUACAAAAUGUCACGGAUCAAGUAAAACCUAAAAGUUGUGAGUAUAGAUUUAGUCUGAACAACAAGAGGCAAAAGCAAUGGCAGUUAGAAGGAAUCCAUUAGAAGAAACUGGCGUGAAGGUUAAAAUGUCACAAUCGAUAAAUGGAUAAGUUUCUCUGUUUAAGACAAAUGAUUACAGAAGUUAGAAGAAGGAUUUGAGAUAGCCAUGAGUAAUUUUGUGAAGAUGAGGGAUAUGUUAAUAAGAAAACUCAAGCUUGGAGCAAAGGAAAAAAAAUGUGAUGCAACAUUCUAUCCACUUUUACCUUUAUACCUCAAAGCUGGACAAAACUUUGAGAUCUAUGGAAGACAAUAGAGACCUUUGAAAUAUGGAUGCUAAAAUUUAUGAAUAAAAGCACAUAUACAAACCAUAAUACUUAUAAAAAGGUACUUGAAAAUGUCAGCAUUUAGCUAUUUGGUCAUAGCUGAAAAGCUGUAGCAAUCUCUUCCGGAGGGUAAGGUGGAAGAGAAUAGAACGAACAGUUGACCUCUGUGUUGGAUGUCAGAGAGGUUGCCAGUGAGCUACAGUAAAUUUGUGAGCAUUGAUAAGCAUUGCAUUUCUUGACAGCAGAUCUCCUGGCAGGAGUGGCCACAAGCAGCAGCUGCAACACACACGCACUUUAAGUUUUCUUUCCCUUUGCAACUAGCAAGGUUUUUUAACAGUUCUUUCGGUGUAGCCGUGUGUGUGUGUGUGUGUGUGUGUGCGCGCGCGCGAGUGAGAGAGAACCUUAGUCAAAAAUAACACAACACCAGGUUAUAGCCCAGCAGGUUUAUUUGAAGAUAUAAGCUUUUGGAGUCUCACUUCUCCUUCAGGUAUCACGGGUGAACUUUGAGCAGUAAUUAUGCAAAGUUGUAUAAAGGAAGGCAUCACAAUCAUUCUCAAUCAGUCUGCUCUUGUACACCCUAACCUGAUGACCCUGGUGCCAGUGAGAAAGAUAGCACUGCUGACAGUUAGGGGUACCUAAUCGAACAAGUAUCAGAAAUUGGACCCAGAACCUCCUGAUCUUUGUGUUUUUAGUGCUAGAUUGGGUGAUGCAAGCUUAUCCAGGGAACCAGUAUUGUCACAUUGUUCACAUCACUAACAUCUUUUAGUAGCCCUUCCACCACUAGCAGUGAGCCGUCUGCCUCCUCCGGAACUGAGAAAUAAGAAAGUAGGAAACAUGUCCGUGGAUUUGAUGGUGAUUUCCCCGAGUUUGGGGCUUUGACUGUUACACUGAGAUAUGAAAAAAUCCCAAUAUGCCUCAUUUGCCUAUAAAUGCUGACCAAAUAAUUUAAAGUGACUUGGAGACCAACCAUGAGGAUUACACCAGGAAAAUGAAAUCAUUUUUCCAAUGCCAGAAAGAGAAGCUUUCUCAGCAGCAGUCUUUGAGGCUUGUAAGCAUCUCUGAACGUGCUCAAAAAGAGGAUCAUCUGAGGUGAACCAUCAGAUUGCAUAGCCUCACAUAAUUGCAGAAACUUUGCUGUUAACCACUGUAAUCAAAGUGGUUGAAAAUGUUUUUGGGCAGAACAAACAGAGACUUGCAAGUGUGAUUCUCUCAAACAGCCCCAUGAAGUGGAGAAUUGAGGCAAUUGAAGCUGAUUAAAGAGUCAACACUGGUGGAGCACCUGAAAUCUACACCCACCUUUGCUCUGCAAAUUGAUGAUAAGCAGAGGGUCUGGUGCAUAAUCAUUAGUUUUUGUGUGAUGUAUUGCUGAAGGUAUUGAUUCAGUUUAACUCCCACUUCUUGAACAUAAACAUGCACAGAGAAUAUUCUGCAUGUUACAUAGCUACAUGGAAGAAAGAAAUGUUCCUUACAACUGUCUAGUUGAAUUCUGUAUGAUGGCACUUCAGUAAUGGCAUGAUGCAAGCCAGGCCUUUGUGCUUUGGUGCAGAGAAUUGCUCCAUCUGCUACUUGGACUGUGCAGGAUUCACAGGGAGCAACUGGCUCACUGUUUCAUGCCAGGUCACAUCCACUGGGAGCUGCAUUAACCUUGGCCUCCUUUGGCAUGUCUGUUUGCAAAGCUGUGUGCAAACAUAGAAUCUGAUCAUAAUGAUGUGUUGUUUCAGAGGUCGACUGUUAGUUGAGAGGAAGGCUGCUGCAGAAAUAUUUGGGUCGUUGCUUAAUGAAUUGUUCAUGGAAGUGGGUGCCCCUGACUGGUCCAGCAUUUAUUGCCCAUCCUUAGCUGCCCUUGAGAAGGUGGUCGUGAACUUGAACCAAUACAGCACAUUUGGUGUAGGUAGACCCACAAUACCAUUAGAGAGGGAGUUCCAGGUUUUUGACUUAACAACACUGAAGGAAUGGUAAUAUAUUUCCAAGUCAAGAUGACAAGCACCUUGGAUGGGAACUCGCACGUGGUGGUGUUCCCUUGUAUCGUGUACUUCUAGAUGUUAGUACUGUUUGGUUUGGAAGGUGCUGUCUAAUGAAGAACAGGAAUUAACUGAUUACAGUUUCAAAUGCCUGGCAAAAAAUUGAUUGACUGAUUUCCUCUGUGAUCGAAACAUGAUGUGUGUCCUUGCAUGUACGAUAUAUUUGGGAAGCUAAAUGAACGGCAUACCAGAAUGUAAGGAAAGAGUACAGACAUUCUUGUGAUUGGCUUAAAGCAUUUGUGAAGAAAAUUGCAUUCUGGAAGAGGACCAUGCUGAAGUUGAACUACUGAGUAUUUGCACCCCUUUUCUGAGACUUUGAGAACAUUGCAUCAAACCAUGUCCCAUUCCUGUGAUGACCAACCAUCUCAGACACCUGAAGAUAGACUUUGCAUCCUUUUUUCCCCAGAUUUAGAUAUGGCAACCUUUGCUUGGGUCCAAAACCAGAAUGGCUGGAUUUGCGUGCUGCUGAAAUUGAGCAUCUCCUUAAAAUUUCAUGCAAUUAAAAGAAUAUUUCCCAGAGUUUCUCCAACAGAGUUAUGUUUUGGUGUAAAGAAUUACUACUCUGACAUCACAUUGUGCAGUUCCUAUUGCUAAUACGUAUUUGUACGAAGCUGGAUUUAACACAGUGGUUUGUAUCAAAUCUUAAUACCGGUCAACACUUCAUGUCUCACAUCAGAGAUGAAAUAUACACUGCUGUAAUAACUACACAACCAGAUUUUAUCGUUAGGAUCAGACCAGCAUCUUUUAAGCUUAAUUAUAGUAGCUGCUGUUAUAAUGUUGCUGUUUUGUUACUUUUGACACUUGGAUAUACCAACAGUUUUGUUUCAUUUGAACACAUACAAAAACAGUGAAAGUUCUUGUGCUGCUAUUUUGUUUUAU